AUGUCGUGGAAAGUGCGCGAAUGUCCUCUUGCUGCCGCGGGUACAAUGGGCGCUACUUUUCCUGAAUCGCUCUGGUUGCCAGUCAUCUUAUUUAUUCUGGCUUGUGCCGGACUGGCCGUAACGCUGUUAGUUGUGGGGCGCCUCGUUGGGCCGCAGCGAACCUCUGAAGUGAAGGGCAUGCCGUACGAAAGCGGUAUGGAUCCCAUUCACGAUACUCGGCGGAAGUUUGAUAUUCGCUUCCACCUCGUUGCCAUCGCGUUUCUCAUCUUCGAUGUGGAACUGUUCUUUUUGUAUCCAUGGGCCGUUGCUUCGGGCGAUCCCGCGGGGGUCGACUCGGUGGUGGUUGCCGAUGCCGUCCCCGUUGCUCAACAGUUGAUUGCCAAUCGCGGGUGUUUUCCAAUGGCGAUAGAUCUCCCCGACAAUGUGUUCAUCAGCAAGCUCGACGCUUUAGCGAGUUGGGGUCGCAAGAAUAGUCUGUGGCCCAUGCCCUUCGCCACGGCCUGCUGUGGAAUCGAAUUGAUGGCCACCGGUGCCAGUAAGCACGACCUGGCCCGGUUCGGCGCCGAGGUGUUUCGCUUCAGUCCCCGGCAGUGCGACCUGAUGAUUGUCGCCGGCCGGGUCGUGAUGAAGAUGCUGCCCGUGCUGCAACGAAUUUGGCUGCAGAUGAACGAGCCGAAGUGGUGUAUCUCGAUGGGGGCGUGUGCAUCGACCGGCGGAGUGUUUGAUACCUACUGCGUCGUGCAGGGCAUCGAUCGCUUUAUACCGGUCGAUAUGUAUGUGCCUGGUUGCCCUCCGCGACCCGAGCAAUUGAUCCAGGCCAUCAUCGACCUGCAGGACAAGAUCGAGCACGAAGGCACGAUCUUCGGGAAAGAGUUUACGACCGAGGCAUUUCCUGCCGCCACGGUCGAUGAGUACCGUGAUCGAACGCGUGUCGCGGUGCCGCAAGACGGCAUCUACCAGGUGCUCUCCUGGCUGAAGAACGAGCAGGGGUAUGACCUACUGGUCGACAUCACCUGCGUCGACUACUUGAACUAUCGCGACGCCAGCGAUCGCUUCGGGUUGGUCUACUUGCUGACAAACAUCGAUAGCAACGAGCGGCUCACCAUUCGCACCUUCUUGAACGAGCCCAACCUGAAGGUGCCUUCGGCCGUGCCGCUGUGGAAGGGCGCCAACUGGAUGGAGCGGGAAGUCUACGACAUGUUCGGGAUCGAGUUCGAAGGACAUCCCGACCUGCGGCGCAUCUUGCUGCCCGAGGAGUUCACGGCCCAUCCGGCUGAUAUGCCGCUUACCCCCACCUCGAAUCCAGAGCUGGAAGAGUUUCAGGGCGAUCUUGCGCGGGACGAAACGCAGGACUACUUGUGGACACUGAACUUCGGUCCUCAACAUCCGGCCACCCACACCACGUUGCGGCUGGUGUUGAAGCUCGACGGUGAACGGGUCGUGGCGGCCAUGCCCGACAUCGGCUAUCUGCAUUCGGGCUUCGAGAAGAUCGGCGAGCACCUGGACUACAACCAGUAUGUCACUGUGACCGACCGCAUGAACUACAUGUCGCCGAUGGCCAACAACGUGGCUUGGCACUGUGCGGUUGAGAAACUGCUCGGCAUCGAGAUCACGCCCCGCUGCAAGUACAUUCGCACCAUCAUCUGCGAACUGGCCCGCAUGAGCGAUCACUUCCUUUGCAAUGGAGCGAUCGGGCUCGAUACGGGGGCCUUCACCUUCUUUCUGUAUGCCUUCUAUCAGCGCGAGGUGAUCUACGACAUCUUCGAGACCGCCUGCGGGGCCCGCUUCACGAACAGCUACACCCGCGUCGGUGGGUUGGUGUACGACGUCAGCGACGUGUUCAUCGAGAAGGUGCGGGCUUUCAUGAAAAGUUCGGCCAAGACGCUCGACGACAUGGAGCGUUUGGUCAACCGCAAUCGCAUCUUCACCGAUCGUACGCAGGGGGUUGGCGUUCUCGCGAAAGAAGACGCCACCAAUUGGAGCGCCACCGGGCCGAUCGCCAGGGCCAGCGGGGUGACCCGCGACUUGCGGAAAGACGAGCCCUACCUGGCGUACAAAGAUUUCGAUUUCGAUGUGCCCUGUAUGACCACGGGCGACUGCUACGCACGGUACUACGUGCGAAUGGCCGAGGCGCGCGAAAGCUUGAAGAUCAUUGGGCAAGCACUCGAGAACCUGCCCUCGGGGCCGGUGAAUGUGGGGCUCGACGAACGCACCACACUGCCCACAAAGCAACAGGUGUACUCUUCGAUCGAAGGCACGAUCAUGCAGUUCGAACUCUCGAUGAGUAACCGUGGGUUCACGGUGCCGCACGAAGAGGUUUACUCUGCCAUCGAAGCCCCCAAUGGAGAGUUGGGUUUUUACAUCGCCGGCGACGGGUCGGAUGUGGCCUAUCGCGCCCGCUGCCGACCGCCGUCGUUCAUUCACCUGGCGAUGUUUCCCAUGUUGAUUAAGGGGCACACGCUGAGUGACAUUGUUGCCGUACUGGGGAGCUUGAACAUUAUCGCCGCCGAGUUGGAUCGCUAG